UCACUCGCGUCCUUUCCCCGUUUAGAGAUCACUUUCUAAUUUUCAAAGCGUGACGCGGAGGAAAAGAAAACGUUCCGGCCUGUUUACAAGGGAACCUUGGCAACCAUGGCAGUGUGUGUACGUGCGCGCGUCCCCCAGCAAGGGCGAUGAGACGCAGGUAGAAUAUUCUGCCAUUAAAAAAACAUAAACAAAAACAAGCCUGAAGCGCCUCAUUCUAGCUGUAAAGUGAAAACAGUUGGAAAUGCCUAUUUCGCCCUUCGCUUUCCUGACUUUGUACACCUGUUAAGUGUUAUUUUACAGAAACAAGCUGGGUCAACGCAUGUAAGAAGGAAGCGUCUGCCUCUCGUUUUCGGCGCGCAAGGCAUUUUGUCUGAUGGGUGUUGACCUGCUGCAGGGAAAUCAAGCUUUGUUUGUCCCUAUCCGCGAAAGCCUCCGUUUUGCUUAGUUCGCUACAAAAUCAGUUGACUUCCUAGCUAGCCGGUUCUCGAGACAACAGGUUCUGUUCUGUUCUAUUUGGCUGAGAAAAUAUGGAUACUUCCAACAGGUCCUCCAAGGGGUAGAACUUACUGCUUUCUUCUUGCUCUCCAGCUUUGAUUUGAAUUUUUAGUGCAAGUCGGAUAUUAAUUAUUAUUAAAUAACUCAAGACAGGGAACAUAAUAUUCCUCCCCCCUCCUAUUUUCCCCACUACAACACUGUGAGCUCCCAUUUAAGUUAGAAGUUCAGAUGGAUUUGGAGGUUAAAGGAAUUGCUGCAUCUCCAAAAAGACCAGUUCUACUGUCCUCUCAGGGUUGGAGGCCAAACACAAGAUUAAGCCAUGGUCCUCGACCAGCCGAUGUGCCAUGUCUUGACUUGGGAAAGUUGGGAGAUUCAGAAGAUGAGGAUGGAGAUAAUGGCUCACUGUACAAUGGUGUACGACCUUACACUGGCCCUCCACGUGUAUCUUCAUCUUUUAGGAGGGGCACUCAAAGUACUCACACACAAUAUCAUAACAUAGAACAGGCAGCAAGGAGACAUGACCUGAAGAAAAUUGAGCUUUCUUCAAAGGAGCAAAAAACAAUACCAGAAAAUCUGCCACUCCCAACAGACAUAUACAAGCUGAAAUAUCAGCAAUAUGAAACAGAAAUGAAAGAGGGCUAUAAGCAGUAUUCUCAGAGAGCUGCAAAAAAGAAAAUAAAUAAUAACCUGUUUCAUGAACUUCCAUGCAAGAUAGCUGAAAAAAAGAGCUGUGAUAAGCGAUCCAGAGCAAAAUGGAAAUUCAGAUAUUUAUAAGAUGUAUCCUGUUCUUCCCGGAUUAAGCACAGCACCUCUGCGCUUUAGAAAAAGAACAUUACAUGAAACAAAAAUUAAGACUAGGUCAGCACUGACAGAAAAUAUGCUUUCUAAUAAAUUACGGUUUGAUGGUAGAUUGAUAUUAAGAAAUGGACGUGAUGCUUGUCGGGAACUGAUUGGAUUUUACUUUACUUGUGACAAAUCUUUAACUAUUUAUGAAUAUCGAAAGUUUGGUAAAAAUAGAACAAAUGCUCUACCAUUCAUUCUGAAGGGUAUUUAUAUGCAUCAGCGCGGACAGAGGAAAGGAAAACCAUACAGACUUAAUGAUUUCUUUGUUGUAAGUAUUCUAAGUCCAGAUAGGAGGAAAGUCAUACUUUUUACAUAUUUGAAAACAAUUACUGUAUUUAAGAGAAAAAAAAUAAUCAACAAUUUUAAUCAACCAUUUAAAAUUUCUUCUCUAGAUAAUCUAAGAACAAAAUUAAGUAAAAGAGGAGUUCGUAUUGUAUCAGGACUAGGAAAAUAUUUCCGCGAACUGGACAAGAAGCAAAAUGGAAAUAUUACAAAAGCAGACUACAGGCAAGCACUAAAAGUAUUUCAUUUAGAAAUGACUGAAGAGGAUUUUGAAUCUUUAUGGUUAGUUCUACAUGAUGACAAUAAUGGUGAACUUGAUUACACUGAAUUUAUUCGUGCUAUUCUUGGAGAAAUGGAUGAAUACAGAAAAGCAUUUGUUAGGAAAGCUUAUAUGAAGCUGGAUUACAAUAAAAUUGGCAGGAUCCCUAUGGUAGAUAUCAAGAAAUGUUAUUGUGCUAGAAAACAUCCUCAGGUUAUAGCAGGUUAUGCAACAGAGGAAGAAAUUAAAUCUUCAUUUCUUGAAACACUGGAGGAUGCCUGCAGCAAUCCCAGUGAAGUUUCCUUUGGUGAAUUUGAGGAUUAUUAUGAAGGAUUAAGUAUUGGCAUUCCGGAUGAUGAAGAUUUCAUUAACAUAUUAAGGAAUCCCUGGGGAAUUUAGAAGUGAAAAAUAUAAUGUAAAAAUUAGGAAUAGAGAUUCUAAACAUUGUUAACUUUCAAAAUACCUUUAAUAAAUUGGGGUUCGUAAUCUUAAGGUACAGUAAUGUUUAACGCACGGCUUGUUUCUCUUCUUGCAACAUUAAAAUAGUAUUUUUUUUAUCAAAUUGCCUGAGAGUAUAUCCCAUGUAAUAGAAUAAUAUGUUUAAUCAAUGAAUUGUGAAACUGGGUAAAAGAAUGUAUACAAGAUAGAAAUAUAAUGUUGUGCUAUGUUAAAACAAUUGUAUCACAAGUCAUAUAUGGCCCUUUAUUAAAGUGAAUAUUUUUA